GGCUGAGGAGAGGCGCUGAGGCGGCUGAGGGAGCGGCUGGGGCUGAGGGAGCGGCCUCCCGCGGCGCCCCGAGCCCGGCCGGGAGCCUGAGGCGAUGUUCGGGUGCCCUGCCCCGGGGCUGGGUCGCCGCCCCCAUUAAACACCGGCGGGUGCCCUUCUGCCCGCUGGUGGGAGCGGCCGCGGCCGUUACUGGAGGGUAAAGAACGGCAGCGGGCUGGGGGCAGGUCUCGGGGCUGGAUCCGGGAAGGGGAAGUCCCUCCUGCGCUUUUCCAUCAGACUUGAAACCUCUCUGACCGAGUCCCAGGCACGUAGUUCUGCUGCUGAAGAGGUGCCUGGGGGAUGAGAAGACAACCUGCAAAACCCAACAGCUGCGUUGCGUUGUCCAGCUGAGCGAUCUGCAGGAAAAGCAAGUGACACGCUCACAGUCCUGAGGCAUUAUGCUGCUUGAGAUACUCCUGAUUCUGGGGACUGUCAUCUUCUACUUCUUACGUUCCAGGAAGAAAGAAGAGACGUUAUCCUUUAAGGAGGGAUGGUGGGGCAGAGGCCAAAAGCCUGACACUGAAGAAGAUGCAACUAUUUGGCCAUUUAAGGUGGAAACUACAGAAAAAGAUCUGAGUGACCUGUAUAGGAGGCUGGACAAGGCUCGAUUCACUGAGCCACUGGAGGACAGUUGCUUCCAUUAUGGAACAAACUCAGUGUAUCUCAGGAAAGUUGUCUCCUAUUGGAAAAACCAAUUCAACUGGAAGAAACAAGUUGAAAUUCUCAAUAAGUACCCACAAUUCAAAACUAAGAUUCAAGGCAUUGAUAUCCACUUUGUUCAUGUAAAGCCUCCUUGUUUGCCUGAAGGCCAGUCUGCAAAGCCAUUAUUAAUGGUUCAUGGUUGGCCCGGUUCAUUUUAUGAGUUUUACAAAAUUAUUCCUCUCCUGACUGACCCUGCCAGCCAUGGCCUCAGCGAUGAACACAUUUUUGAAGUCAUUUGCCCCUCUAUCCCUGGCUAUGGUUUCUCAGAAGCUCCCCACAAAAAAGGCUUUAAUUCUGUAAGUGCUGCCUCGGUAUUUUAUGAAUUGAUGCUCAGACUGGGAUUCAGCGAGUUCUACGCACAAGGUGGUGACUGGGGCUGGCUCAUCUGCACCAAUCUGGCCCAGAUAGCUCCCAACCAUCUGAAAGGUCUUCAUUUAAAUCUAGCCUCUGUUACGAACAUGGGAUUCACCCACCUGCUCUCCAUUCUGCUGGGCCGCUAUCUUCCAGGGCUCUUCGGUUUCCAGGAAGAAGACGUUAGGCGGAUGUUUCCCUUCUUGAAAAAGGGGCUCUACAGGAUCUUGUCGGAAUCUGGCUACGCUCACAUACAGGCUACAAAGCCUGAUAGCGUUGGUUGUGGCUUGAAUGACUCUCCUGUAGGACUGGCUGCAUACAUCUUGGAGAAAUUUUCUACAUGGACUGAUCUGGAAUUCCGUAAUUUAGAAGAUGGAGGACUAGAGAGGAAGUUUAACCUGGAUGAUCUUCUUACCAAUAUCAUGAUCUACUGGGUGUCAGGCUGCAUAGUCUCCUCAAUGCGUUUCUACAAAGAAAAUCUGCAGAAGGGAAUAGGCACACAGAAACAUGAGAAGCUCCCAGUACAAGUACCUACUGGCAUCGCUUCCUUCCCUAAUGAAGUCAUGCACACACCCCAGGCUUGGGCCCAGAAGAAAUACACCAACAUAGUGUCUUUCCAUUUGAUGCCUAAAGGUGGCCACUUCGCAGCUUUAGAGGAACCUGAACUUCUUGCUGAAGAUAUUCUGCAAUUUGUCGGGAAAGUAGAGAAAGAGCAACUUUGGAGAAAGAAAGGAGAAUAAUUCCCGUUAGGAAAAGCAGGGUAAUUGCUCAUUGCUUACUAAGUCUACUGUAAUCAGAUCUUAUUCUUGACCAGAUAUGAGAGGACAGCAAGAAAACUGUAGAAUAGCUGAGAGAGGAUACAAUCUUGGAAACCCAAGGAUUUUUCUUUUUUAGCACAGCUAUGCUAAGAAUGUAGCAUGAAGGUUGCUUGGUUAUUUUCUCCCCCAGGCAGAAGCUUCUAAAGCCUGUUCUCUGAUACCAUUUACUCUUAUUUUGAAAUUGAGAAAUAGACCUUACCACUACUAAUACUCAGUUUAAUUAUUACCAACAGCUUUUCUUCUCAACAGCAGUAAAAGUUGAGUUGAUGUAUGUGUGAGAUUCCCCACAUAUACAAUGGGGAACAGUCAAGCAAGACCUGACUUGAAUGACUGUAUCAAUUAAUCAGCACUGAUCUACCGUGCUCAUUAAACCAACCAGCUGGCUGCUGCUGGCUGCCUUUCUCUUCCAGCCUGUGCUGUUAAGCAGCUUCCUGGCUGGGAGGAAGCUCAGCUCUCCUGCACCAGGCUCCUAGGAAAACAAUGUGUGAGGAGCAGCUGGAGCGUUAGCUGAGUAGCUGAAACACACAGGCUUUUGUAGCUUGGACCAGAAGGAGGGGUUGGGGGUAGGCGUAAUUACAGCCCAAGUAGCCUCUGCACGGAAUUUGUGCUCUUAACUAAAAUCCUAGCCCUGGACAGGCUCGAGACACCAUGGCUUUGCACUGCGUCUAUGGGGUACUACUGUAAACACCUCUUAAAAUAAAAUUUAAAAAAAAAGAAAGAUAAAAUUAAAGGAAAUUUGCAUUAAAACUUUGAAUAACAGUUGCACAUACGUAUGCUUUAAACUUUUGACUAGGUGUGAUUUUGUUUCUAUGUUGGAUUUGUUACAGAGGUCAGGUGAAAGGUAAACUGCUCAAAGAAACCUGAAAGGCAGUGUAUUUUUGCCUACAGCAGUACCUAGUACGUGCAGCUGAGCUUCAGACACUUUAAAACUGUAACCAGAUGACUGAUUUCAGUAUGGAUUUGUUCUCCAAUCACUUCUGAUACACUUCCCUACCUUGCAAGCAUAGGGAAAUAUAAUCCAUUAAUAACACUUGCAUAGAUUAGUGUUAGUUUAAAAUAUGAAGUGGAAUGGGAGCUGUUAAGUAGCAGUUACUGCUCCUUCCCACAGUUUGUCUGCAGAAGGCAAAUCAACACUGCUGCUGGGCACAUCUGAAUUUUACUGCUCAAAACCACCUAUAAGCCGUGACAGAACAUCAUUAGGGCAGACUGCUGGUGGACCAAUUUCAGCCAUUUUUCUGAGCAGAGAUGAGAGCUCUCACUACCUUCACUCUGGCCUGGUGUUUUUGCACCUGGGUGCUAGCAGAGGAAAGCCCAGUAGCUCUCAGCUUUCCCUGCAAGAUUUGACUGCAGUGCUGACAUGGACCCUUCAACUGUAUUUGAGUUCUUUAGUACAGCUGACUGCUUCCAGAUUAGUACUGAGCACAUAUUCUAUAUUCACCUGUAACAGCUUUAAUUAGUCAAUAUUUAUGUCUGUGUUUACAAAAUAUUUUUGGUUUAGGCUGGUCAGUUCUGAAUAGAUAGGCAGUAAAUAGUCAUUCACUUGAUCUAAAAUAGGCUUUUCUCAGAAAGAAAAGGUUAGAAGGUUCAAUGUUAUUGUAGAAUGUCCUGAGCUGGAAGGGACCCUCAGGGAUCAUCACAUCACGCUCCUGGCUUCACAAAGGACCACACAAAAAUCAAAUCAUGUCUGAGAACGUGUUGUCUAAACACUUCUUGAACUCCAGCAGGCCUGGGGCUAUGGCCACUUCGCUUGGGAGCCUGUUCCAGUGCCUGACAACCAUUCCUCAGUGAAGAACCUUUUCCCAACGUCCAGCCUGAACCGCCUCUGUCACAGCUUCGUGCCUUUCCCUCAGGUCAUAUCACUUGUCACCAGACAAACAAGACCAGCGUCUGCCCCUCCACUCCCCCUCGUGAAGAAGCUGUAGGCCACAACAAGGUCUCCCCUCAAUCUCCUCUUGUCUGGCCUGAACAAUUCAAGUGACAUCAGCUGCUCCUUACACAUCUUGCCCUCUAGACUGUUCACCAUUUUCUUAGCCGUCCGUUGCAUGCCUGCUAGUAGUUUUAUGUCCUUCUUGUACUGUGGCAUCCAAAACUGCACACAGGACUUGAGGUGAGCAGGACAAUUGCACCCCUGACCCAGCUGGCAAUGCUGUGCUUGGUGCAGCCCAGAAUAUGGUUGGCCCUCUUGGUAGCCAGGGCACACGGGUGACUCACAUUGCUUUUCCAGGAGGAAUCUGCUUACCUCUGACAGCAACAGCUGCUUGCAGGCACCACUGUGCUCCCUCUUGCACUAGUCCUUGAUCUCUGGCCAUUUGUUUUUGUCUUACUUCUGUCUCCUGUGUGGUCUUAUAUUUCAGAGCUGGAGAUCAUCCCCUCUCAUCUUUAACACACAUGCAGACAUCUGCUGUGGUGCCAGGGAGCACUGCCAUAUACUGCUAUAACUGAAUACUUCCCUAGGGACUGUUCAGUCACAGUGCAGUUAAAGUAAGUGGGGAGCAAGUUUGCUAUAUGAUGCCUGCCAAACCCAUUUUCAGAUGCAAGUAGAAUUUUGUCUCCCUUCUGGAGCAGAUCUCCUUGAAAGGGCCCAGCCUCAGUGAAAGGAAGCACAGCAGGGGUCUAUUUAGCAAUCUUAUGUUACAGCAGCCCAUCUAGGCUCAGUCACAAGUGGGAGCUUGACAAAAAAAAAAAAAAGCCAGCCACCACCAGACCUUUAUUUUUAAAUACAUCUCCCAGUGCUUUGCCAUUUGAGACAAUGAUAAUGAACACGGACAGUAAGCGUCAGUAAGCACAUCCUUGCCCCACUCUGUGCACUAGGUAGAAUGCAUUUCAGCCUACUGCAAAGAAGUGGUCCAUACUGACAGCUUUAUUUCAUAUAUAAAAUAGUCACAGAUAAAUUAAUUCCAGCAUGAAAAUGGGUUUGAUUAGAUAUUGUCCGAAAGAAAAGAAAGGUGUAGACUUUAGAAGCUUAAAAAUGGUAAACACCUGUUAUAUAGUGAAGAUUUUUCAAAUUCUGGUGUCACAAUUCUCAAAACUUAAUCCAACAGCUAUCAGCAGCUAGUGUUUGUCUCCAACUAUCUACACUUAGAUAUAGACACAGUAAAAUCCUACAACAACCUGCAGGAGUGCAAAAUUCAGCUAUGUGCCAGUCAUAAAUCCUGCCAUCAACUCCCCUCCCCUUUUUCCUCAAAGUAAUCACCUGUUUUUAGCAAAAAGCAGCCAAACCCACUGCUUGUAGUGCAAAGUUUAAUGCUAACAAAGUGUUUGUGGGCUAAUAAUAGAAUCUGCAUGUCUUGCUGCAGGCAGGAACUCUCACACAAGCCGGAGAUUUGGCUGAUAACCACCUUGAGUGAGUCCAGACUCACUUCUGAUACAUACUCUGCUUUUGGCUAGCGGGCAAUUAUUUGGUACAGUACCACAGUGAGUAGUGCAAAAGUGAGUGUCAGAUAAUCAGAAAUAGUUUUAACAUUUGUUUUAGCAAGUAGCUGCAUAUCAGAUUAUUGCAAUAGUAUUAAUAAGUAAGACAGGACCCCUGCUUUGUUAUACUUAAGCAAGCCAGCUGAGUACCUGCUGUUCGGUCAGUAAGUGUCCUCUAACAAGGCUAAAUGCAGUGCUUGCUGUUGCUGGCUGGGCUGUUUCUUGGGAAUAAGGCUCUUUGACAUAGUAGCUGUAUCUGUCAGGAGAACCAAGAAUCUGCUGAUCAUUCUCAAAGCAUUUUAUUCUGCUCAAGAGCCAUUUCUUGGUGAAACUUUCAUUUCUGGACCAAAGUUGCCCCAGAGUCCCUGCUCACAGAAACUGCUGUGCUAAAGGCCAUACCUCCUCAAGUUGCUCCAAAACAUAGAUCUAUCCCACACUGAAAACAGAAGUAGCUCACCUAAAUGCUAGUUUUUAAUUAACCAGUUACUGCCCGUGAAGAAUCUGGAUAAAAGGUUCAAAAAACACAGCAAUGCCACUGAAAAGCAGAACUUAUAUUCCAGCCAUAACUGAAGUGCUUUGGAAAGUAUCUGUUUCUGGUAUGGAAACAUAGUUAAAGUCACCUUGUCAUAUACUCCAGCAAAAUUAACUCUUACUACAACCAAAUUUGACUUCUGAUUAUUAAACUACAAAUUCAAGAAGUCCUUAAAAUCUAAGCCACUAAAUGCAGCCUUUGGAAAUCUUAUACAACUAAAUAAGACUUUAAAUAAGUAUCAUCACAAGUAGACACCUAGAUCCAUAAGGGGCAAUUAUCCGUCACCACUGAGUCAGCAAGGAGUAAGGAUUUAACUGUUCAAGACAGUCAAUCAAAUGCAUGUUCUGUUUUACAAGCAGGUACAAUACAUAAAAUGCAUUAAAUCAAGACAUUUGUGUCUGAAAGAGGAAUGGAAGCAUCCCUCUGGAUACCGUAGGAAGAGACAAGGAAUAAAUCCAUAUUGAUUUCAGGCUAGCUUAUUUGAAAACACUGAGAAAUGAUGCCACUUGUUUGAGUUGCUGUAGUAGCACUUUAAGGAACAUAACUCACACUGAAAACAUCUUGCUUAGGAUUAGUUUUCUUCCGUGGAAGAAAUAUCCUGUGCAGUGCCAGACAGCCCUGAUAGUAUUGCCAAUGCUGCUAGAAGAAGUAGCCCUAUUUAAAUCCGCAGUUGUUUUCUGGAGAGCAGAAUUUAUAAACCAAUCUGAGCUGAGUGACAGCUCUUUCCCCUUGCUGGAUGUAGCCCAAACUUCAGUCUUCAAAAUACCUUCCUGAAUGGAUUUUAAGAUGUUUAGAAGGAUGCUCAUGCUCCCCAUGUUUGAUAGUACCACCUGCAGUUUUGAGGAUAGGAGGAACAAUGAGAUUUUCUACAUAAAUGAUGAAUUUCCAUCUUCUUAAAUGAAAGAUAGACCCUCUUUGGUGGAUUCAAAGCACCAUUUCAACCUAUGCAAACAGCUCAAGCCACUUCCCAUCACAGUGCAAAGGGAGGAACAGUACAGAGAGAAGGUGAACGUGAAACAUGAGAAGACAAAACCCCACACAGCCACAAAGCUCCCGAGUCAAGGAUGCUAACAUGACAAACUCAACUAUAUCUGAAGGCUGACUGGUAACUGUUUCAACAGCACAAGAGAGGAGCAAGAAGGAAGCUGACUACUUCAUCUUCAUUAUGCUGCCUGUUCCAGCAGCUGCAAGGGGCCUGGCCUCCACCUUGCAAAAACCUCAGCGCCCAAAGCGGAGCGGAGGGUCCUGGCGCUGUGUCAGGAGCCCAGCUGUCUGCCCCGCUCAGCAGCUGCAGCCUGCUUCGGGCAGGGGGAGGGCCAGGCCUGGAGGCAGGAAUGGUGAAGGCAGCAGGUGAAAAGAAAAAGCAGUCCUGCAGCCCUUAAAUUCCUCCCAGUCCCAGAUUUGCCCCCCUCUCCCUGUAUCCCACUCCACAUCCAAUGCAAAAGUCAACUUUUGCCUGUCCUGCUGGUUACCAGAAAAAAUAUUGUCACCCUCUCCUUCUCAGCACAGCUCACGUAGUGCUGCUUUGUUCCUAGUUCUCCAUCGCACAAGGACGUGUGGAUGUGCUCCACCCAGAGGUAUAAACCCAAGUCAACAUAAGUACCUAUAUUCAAAUAAUCGAUGCCAAUUUCUUCUGCCAAGGGCCCAGCUGCCACUGCUGCCUCUUUUCUGGGUGGCAGUCCCCACUCAGUGCAAUCUUACGAGCAAGCCUACAUAGUUGGAGAGGUUUUGCAUGGAAAAUAUAUUUGUAUCUCUUGAGUUCUAGAAAUUCCCAGGCAGUCUUGAGGGAAUUAAGGUCCACCUCUACAUUUACACCUUUACAUUUCUGGUCUCAGAGCAGAAUGAAUUCUCACUGUUCUAGGAAUAAUUCUGAAGUGACAGUUGUAAAACAUGAAAAAAAUAAAACUGGAAAAGCCUA